AUGCUCUUUAACGAGGUCGCCCCCGAGGCCCUUGAGGGCCCCCUCACCGUCUCCCCUGCCCGCUGGGCGUUCCAGCCUCGUCAGCUGCGCAUCGUGUGCAUUGGCGCGGGCUUCUCGGGUCUCACGCUGGCGUACAAACUGCAACACGAGAACCCGCUGUCCUUUGUUGACUGGGUGGUCUACGAGAAGAACCGCGAUGUCGGGGGCACCUGGUUUGAGAACAUAUACCCGGGUGUCGGAUGCGAUGUCCCCGCGCACUCGUACGUGUUUCCCUUUGCGCCGAACCCGGAAUGGAGUCAAUGUUACGCCAAGGGCGACGAAAUCGAGCAGUAUAUCCUUGACACGGCCGACAGGUUCGGACUGAAGGAGAGGGUGGUGUUGAACACGCGGCUGGAGAAGAGUGUCUGGAACGAAGAGACAGGCAAAUGGGCUCUGCAGCUGAGGCGAGACGAUGUUGUGAUCCACGAUGAGGCGGACGUCCUGAUCAACGCCGGUGGCAUCCUCAACCGGUGGCAGAUGCCGGAUAUCCCUGGCCUCGGCGAUUUCAAAGGACGAGUGAUCCAUACCGCCGCCUGGGAUAAGACCUACGACUGGACCGACAAGAGAGUCGCCGUGAUUGGGAACGGAUCGUCAGGCCUCCAGGUGGUCCCGGCCCUGCAGCCUCGGGCAGCGAAGCUGGUCAAUUUCAUCCGGCAACCGACCUGGGUAUCGAUGAGUCUGUGUCCAGACGUCACACGGGAUGGGAAGGGCACGAACUUUGCGUAUACAGAGGAGGAGAAGAAGACGUUUCGAGAGGAUCCAGCGGCGUUUUUGAAGUAUCGCAAGCGCGUGGAGAAUUCAGAUAGGGUGAAUACGGUCUACCGACUAAUGCUGACUGGAUCAGAGCUCAAUGGUAUGUUAUCUGCUGCAGUGGACGACCUGAUGCGCUCGAAGCUGGCAGGCAAUCCGGAACUCAUCGACCGCCUCAUCCCCCAAACAGAGGUUGGAUGUCGCCGUCUGAGCCCGGGAGAUGGAUAUCUCGAAGCCCUGCAAGAGAGCAACGCCGGAUGGUGUUUCGACAAGAUCGAAUGCAUCACACCGACGGGUAUUCGCACGAGUGACGGCGCAGAACACGAGUUCGACCUGAUUGUCUGCGCCACGGGGUUCGAGACGUCUUUCGUGCCAGGCUGGGAGAUGAUGGGACGUGAUGGUCGCACGCCGGCCAAGGACUGGGCAGAGACACCGCAGGCGUAUUUCUCGCUGUGUGCAGGCGGCAUGCCCAACUAUUUUGUCUUUGCAGGACCCAACUGUCCGAUCGGCCAUGGCAGCGUGCCGCAGAUGCUGGGGUGGAGCGUCGAUUAUGCAUUGAAAUGGGUUGAAAAGAUGGCCAAAGAGGAUAUCAAGUCGGUCUGUGUCAAAGAUACUGCAGUUCAGCAGUAUAACCGCCAUGCGCAGGCGACUCUGAAUAAUACCGUCUGGAGCACAGGCUGUGCCGCGUGGUAUAACAACGGGAAAGCCGUGACAGCCAUGUACCCAGGGAGUGUUUUGCACUUUAAAGAGAGCAUCAGCAACAUCCGCGGGGAGGACUUUGACAUCAAGUAUGCCACUUCUGACCCCUUUGGCUAUCUUGGAAAUGGUGAGCUGCAGUGGGAGCGCGACGAGGGAGUAGAUCUGGGGUUCUACCUGAAAUGA